CGGGCGCGCGGUUAUGACGCACGAGGCAACGGAAGCCAUGGGAACCGCGAUCAUCCGCAAGAUCCGUCGCAGGAAGCUCUGACUUCCGGCCUUCGGCUCGGAGCGGAGCGGAGCGGGAAGCGCGUCGCAGCCGCCGCGGUCAGAAAGCAGUUACAAUCUCGACCCCACCUUGGUGGCUGUUAGCGCCAUGCCAAAAAAUAAAGGUAAAGGAGGCAAAAACAGGCGGCGAGGUAAGAACGAGAACGAGUCUGAGAAAAGGGAGUUGGUGUUUAAGGAGGACGGACAAGAGUACGCCCAGGUCGUCAAAAUGCUGGGGAACGGGCGCUUGGAGGCCAUGUGUUUCGACGGCGUGCGGAGGCUCUGCCACAUCCGGGGGAAGUUGAGGAAGAAGGUGUGGAUAAACACCUCCGACAUCAUACUGGUUGGUCUGCGGGAUUACCAGGAUAACAAAGCGGACGUGAUCUUGAAGUACAACGCAGAUGAAGCUAGAAGUCUGAAGGCGUACGGAGAGCUUCCGGAGCAUGCUAAAAUCAACGAAACGGACACGUUCGGGCCUGGAGAUGAUGACGAGAUCCAGUUUGAUGACAUCGGGGACGAUGAUGAAGACAUUGAUGAUAUCUAAGCCGAACUCCACGAGUUUCCUCCCAAGUUUUCCAAGGAUGGUUCCACCUUUGUGAUCUUAGCCAUUCGCUGUUAAUAGUAAAAUUUUGUUUUACAUAAAUAUAGCUGGUUGAAACGUGGAUUUGUUUUUAUUUUUGAAAAACAACAGUUUUAGUAUUUCUUUGAAAAAUGUAGGUGCUGAGUUAACGUGAACAGUUCUUGAGAUCAAAUAGAAUUUAGCAAUUAAACAUAUCCACUUUAUUAAAAACAACAACAACAAAAAACUUCCAUAUCUUUAUCCUCUUGAGUAGCUUGAUUCACAAGAGUGAGCCACCAGUGCCUGGCUCCUAAAUUAACUUUAUGGGGUUUGAGAAAUAAUUUUUAAAAUUGCUAUAGCCCAAAGUAAGCUAUUAUUGGCAAUUAUUAGAGAUAACUAAAAAAGAAAGACCUCUAGGGAUUAAACCUCUUAAAUCUCUGUUUUGAUACCCAAAGAGGUCAUUAUAAGUUAAGGUCUCACUCUUCCUUGAUCCUCAAGAACUGUUUGCCUCAGUGUGCCUAGUUGCUGGAAUCACCUAGCAGAGUGUCAAGUGGUGUGAAAUCUAAGGCUUCAUGGUGGUUCUAUCAGGGAGAAAUGCUUUCCCUGGGUGAUCUUACUCUGAAGGAGGGAGUUGCCACUUUCUAUGGGGUGUAGUGAUAAUGAGACUCUCUGGCAGCAGGAUACUUUCAGGACUCCCAGGACAUGAGAGCUUCAAAGGAGAACUCCCUAGUUCUAGGAGAACCCCAGAAAUUACAGUAGCAAUGCCCAUCUUUUCUUUCUUUGCUUGUUUUUUUUUUUAAUUGAGGCACAGAAGGAAAUCAAAAAGAAAGGAGAGCAUCCUUAGUGUUCCUGACAAGCCUCCCUUAGAUGUAUGUUAAACUGAAAUUUUAACAGGAAAAAAAGGUCUGAACUAACAUAUUGGAAUCUUAUAGAGAGGCCUAAAACUCCCAUUACAACUUUAAUAUCCUGAAUAAUAAGUCCUUUGGGCACAAGCCACUAGUUGUGGGCCAAUUCCAGUUGAGGAGGACAAGAAAAGAAGGGCAGAGAAAGGACUCAGAAUAGCAAGGAGCAAGUUGUGUGAACAACAGGGGCCUGGCAGCUGAUCGGGAUGAUUUUUUCAUGGAUGUUCCAGCUUCCAUGUCCUUUGUGGCCAGAAUGAGAACUACUGAGCCACACUGAAACAUUUGGACUCACAACUUUAAGAACUUUAAGGAGGCAAUUUAUAUAACAACUGCUCUGGGAGUUAAAGGGACUACUUGCUUCAAUCAAACAUUAAUUUUAAUAGAGACAGGUUGCUUCUCUUUGAGUAAGAAACAACCAGAACUACUGAAAAAGCACCAGACGGAAUCCAGAGGAGCAAGAUGACAAAGGUGCUGAGCUGAUCUUCCAUGGGAUGGAACAUGAAAAUGUAGAUGCUGAGUUCUGUUCAUCAGAGUGAUUCAAUUUUUCAAACAUUUAACUGAGAGCCAGGCACCUGUAGCUCACACCUGUAAACCUAACUAUUCAGGAGCCUGAGAUCUGAGGAUUGAGAUUUAAAGCCAGCUUGAGCAGAAAAUCAGACUUUUCUUUCUAA